UGGCGCCGCGCGUGGCCCUCGGCGCCAGUCGGCACUCGGCAGUCGCUGGACAGCUCGCGUGUCGAUAGGAGGGUAUUCUCUGCACGCCAGCCACGCCAGAUUGCAGCUUGUUCCGCCGGACUCCCACAAGUUUCCAAGUUCCAGUACUCCAUCCUUUUGACCGUCCACAAGAAAAGCAGCAGCAUGGCCAAUCGUCCAAGGACCGCCUCCACCAGGAACGAGGAAGACAUGAUGGCCAACGCCAAGCGCAAGCUAGCGCAGGCCAACGAUCCUGUGGAGAAGCUGCGUCUCAUGUGCCUCAGCCGCGGGGUCUCUGGCAUCAUGGGCAUGGGCAAAGUGUUCCGUAGGAUGGACGACGACGGCUCCCACAACCUGAACAUGGAGGAGUUCAGCAAAGGCAUCAGGGAGACGGGACUGCAACUCAGUGAAGAGGACAACGAAAAACUCUUCAACGCCUUCGACAAGGAUGGCAGCGGCAGCGUCAACUACGACGAGUUCCUGGUGGCCAUAAGGCCCAAGAUGAACGACAGGAGAAAGAAGCUGGUGGACAUGGCCUUCGACAAGCUGGACAAGACUGACGACGGGGUGGUGACCUUGGAGGACCUGAAGGGCGUGUACUCGGUGACCAACCACCCCAAGUACCAGUCCGGGGAGAUGACGGAGGAGGACAUUCUCAACACCGUCCUGAAGAAGUUCGAAAACAACACCUCCAUGGACGGCAAGGUGACGCGGGAUGAAUUCUACGACUACUACUCAGCCAUCAGCGCCUCCAUCGACCACGACGCUUACUUCGACCUCAUGAUGCGCAACGCUUGGGGCAUCAAAUAAGUGCCUCGCCCUCCCUCACCAGCGUCCUCAUGCCCUGCUGGGUGUGGACAUGCCCAUAGUAAUUAAAGCAUCAUCUUCAUCCACUAACAAUUAAGUCCUCCCGCUGCAGUUUUCAUUCAUUUUAACUCUCCUUGUCCUAUUAUACAGUCAGCAGUUUUCUUUGUAUGUGAAUAUUGCUCGUUGAUUAGGUCUCUGAAUCCCGUACACACACUGCCAGUUCAGAUAAAGUGUCUCAGCAUACAGCGAAAGGUAGAAUAUCCUUAGGUGACCCGCGCACACUUACUACCCGCUUACUUACGUCUGUGUCCAUUACGAAACUCGUCAUCUGUGGAGAAUUUGACGUGCGUAUGUAUGUGUCUGGAUUAAAGGCAUCUGGCGAGCAGGCUUCUGUCUUGCGCUCCUUAUUGGAUAUUUAAUGAACUAAAAGGAACAUCCAUUAGCGCCAUCAGAGAGCCAAUGCAUGUAUUUCAUACCACUCUAUUCAUUUACUAUCAAAACAUUACAUUUGAUGAUUAAUUACCUUUUAUAUAUUAUCGUGUUAAGAAGAAAUUCGUGUGCACUAUUCUUGCCCAAGUCACAUACGUACAGUACAGUACCCAAGCACAUUACCCAGUCACCACCCUGCUCUUCGCUGCUCGCCUCCCCCUCCUUGUGUAGCAGCAGAGGUCAAUGUUCUAGUUUCAUACAGACACCCGUCCAGAUCUCUUAACUUGACAUACGUGUAAAUCAAUUACAUCCAUCCACUGCUGCCCUCGUCCCACUGAUACCUUUGAACCCGUCUGUCCCUUACGCCGCGCUCCAGUCCUCCUGUUGUUACGUGCUGCACUCGUCAGAAGUAUUGGGGGAAACCUAAAUUAAUUACGUAAAGGUUUUCAUAGUUGUAAGCUUCUCGUUGAUGCAGUGUAAAGUUGUGAAUGUGAAAAAAACGAGUAAUGAGGCACAAUUAUUUUUUACAUGAACUUGAGCCAAAUGUGCUCUGGAAAAGCCAAAUUAAUUAUUUAAAAAUUUCCAUGGUUGUAAUCUCGGUGGUGGGGUUUGCCUCGAUAGUGUGGCACUUUUCAUGUCAGUCCUGUGGAAAUUUUUCGCUGGUUCACAUGUCCCAGUAUUGCGAGGCCUGUCUCGUGCCGUCCUGCACAGCACAACACCCACAUGGGGGCAAGGAUGAGAGAGUCUCAUCUUUUCAUGCGGGACGUUGUCUGAGGCGAGGACAUGACGCUGCCACAUCUUCCCCUCGUGCCUCGUGUUGCUGGGCACGUGCCUGGCUGUCAUGGUCCUCUAGGGCGCGCCAUUCAUCACACGCCGUCACCACACGGUCAGCCCGACACAUUGUAACGGUCACAAGGACACCACCAUACUGUGCCCAUCACAUCUCAAACGCACAAAACGCCCCAGAUGUAAGUCGCCAGAAAAAUAUUUCCGCCAGCCGUAAUUUAAUGAUACAUUUGAUACAUUCCUAUGAUUAAUGAUUGAAACUUACAUUUAAAGUUUUAUAUUUUUCUCUUCUUUUCAUACUGGACUUUACAUAAAUAUAAGAAAUUAAUAUCCUUCUCAUACGUGUUUUCCUUUGUAGUUUGUUGUAUGUGUCUCUAAACUUGUCGCUUCUCUUGUCUGCGCCGAAUAUAACCCUGGUAGUAUAAGACAAGAGCUUGAGGGGCCCGGCACGGCGCCCCUCCGCCGCUCACCUCUAUGCUUCCUCAGUCUUGAUAGUUACGCCCUAAGGACAUCAGCACAAUUUCACGUCUUAAUUCAAAUUUUCAAGUUGUGCAAAUUCACGGUAAUUGUGAUUAAAGGUGUAUGCAAAUUUGUAAUAACUCCAGUAAAGUGUGAAGUGUAACAAAUUAUUUUCCCGUCGUUACCUGUCCAUCCUCAGGUGUGAAAUUGUGUUUUUUUUUUUUUUUCUAUGAUGGUGAUGGUGAUGAUGAUGAUGAUUAUGAUGAUGAUGAAAGUUAAGCCUAUGCCAAUGUUAUACUUCCAACAUUUUAUUUCAAACUUAAGGAAUGUGAAAUAAAUAUAUAUACG